AUGGAAGGCGUGACUACGGGCAACAGUAGUGAGAAAGGGAUUCCCCAUGAGCUGGAGAGAGAGACGAGUAAAAUGUUGACUCAGAGAGGUAUUGAGUCAUAUGAAGAGUGGCACGAGCACAUAAAUACUAUGGAAAGAGAUGGUGAAAUGCCUUCGACUGGACAGAUAUAUGCAGAUCGCUCGAGACAACAUUCAACAUCGAUGGCUUUGACAACAUCGGCGUUGGAAGACGCAGGUUCGUCUAUUUCUCAGCAAUUGGUAACGUACCUAAGAUCGAUGGCAUGUAGUGACCCCGGGGUGUUCAGAGGCACUAAGAGCGAAAGUUUUGAAGAGUUUCUGAGAAUGUUUAAAAGGAAGUACGAGCAGGUAAUCAAAUGCGGAGCAACCCUCAUAGAAGUAUUAGGAGACGACCACUUGGCAGGAAGGGCAAAAAGCAUAUUCGCGGCUCUCCCAAGGACAACGAAAUAG